CGAGUCAUGUCUCAAGAUUCUCAGGCGAGUUCUUCGUCGGCAUCUCAGUCUUCGGAGCCGGAAGCUUUGCAGACCCAAGUCAAAGAAAACCCGCGCGAUGUCGAUGCAUGGUUGAAGCUGGUCGACGUCGCGGAGGAAAGUAAGGACUUCGAGAGGAUUAACCAGACAUACGAGGCAUUGCUUGAAGCAUUUCCGAACAGUUCGUCCGCACAGAUACCAUAUAUCCGGCACGUCCUCGAGUCGAGCUCGCCAACAAAAUACCAGUACGCGGAAGGACUGUUUAAGCGUUCUCUCAAGACGUCGCCGUUUGUAGACCUUUGGAAGUACUACUUACGCUAUGUUCAGCAAAUGAACACGGCGGCCGCAACUAAGGACACGGUCCGGAAAGCGUAUGAGUUCGCACUCAACCACAUUGGUCAUGACAAGGAGAGCGGUUCGAUGUGGAGCGACUACCUGCAGUUCCUAAAGGACCUUGAUGCUACGACGCCCUGGGAAGAAGGCCAGAAGAACGACGCGAUACGCAAGGCUUAUCAACGAGUCGUGCAGAUCCCGACGGAAAAUGUGAAACGUCUUUGGGAAGAGUGGCAAGAAUGGGAGAAUGGUCUGAAUAAGAUAACGGCCAAGAAACUCAUCUCAGACGCUACUCCAGCGCACAUGCAAGCUAGAACGGUCCUGAACACGUUGCAAGAACACCUUAUUGUACUGUUUCCACCGCCUCCGCCAUCGAAGCAUCGCAGCUCAAUAUGGCUGCCUCGCGUGCCGACGUUUGCCGCCGGAGAGAAGGCUCUCGUUGCCCGCUGGCGAGCAUAUCUCAAAUGGGAAGAAAGCAAUCCUCUCGAAAUUGAGGAGAAGGACAAGGCUCAGCUACACAGCCGUCUCCAGAGCGUGUAUCGCAAGGCGGUCGUACGCAUGCGCUUUUACCCUGAAAUCUGGUUCAUGGCGUACGUGUGGACAAUGUCGCUCAGCGACGAUCAGAGCCUCCAAGAAGCGAAACGUAAAGAAAAGAAGGACGAGGCACUCAAUAUCCUGAAAUCUGGAAUCGAGGCCAACCCGACAAGUUUCCUUCUCAAUUUUGCGUAUGUCGAGUUGCAAGAAGCAAACAGCAGUUUUGAGGAGGUGCAUGCCACCUUCGACAAGUUCUUCAUUGGCUUGCGCAAGAAUCUUGAGGCUGCUGAGGCCCGGCUGAAUGCUGUGAAGUCCCAGUCGCCUGAUCAGUCACAGCAGCCGUCCACCCCUGUUGGUGUUGAGGAUUCAUUCGUCAUACCACCGUCUGCUUCACAGCAGACGAACGGUGGCGAACAUAAAGAAACUAAGCCGGCCAAGGACCAAGAGCUGCGUGACAGAAGAACAGAAUUCGGCGUGGCAUGGAUCGUGUACAUGAGGUUCGCGCGAAGAGCUGAGGGCGUCAAGGCUGCAAGGACAGUGUUUGGCAAGUCAAGAAAGGACCGGUGGACGCCAUGGGAGGUCUACGAAGCAGCAGCUUUGAUGGAAUACCAUUGCACCAAGGCUGCAGAUGUCGCCGGCCGUAUAUUUGAAAGAGGUAUGGAAACCUUCCCUGAUGAGGUUGAGCUAGCUCUUCGGUAUCUCGGCUUCUUGAUCACCAUCAACGACGAUGCCAAUGCCCGUGCUCUCUUCGAGCGUGCUGUGAAUAACUUUCCGCCCGAGAAAGCCCGGCCCAUAUGGGAUAGGUGGGCGCGGUACGAGUAUCAGUAUGGAACUCUCGAGGCAUGUCAUUUGCUCGAGAAGCGAAUUGGUGAAGUUUACCCACAAGAUCCACCAAUCAAGAGGUUUGCCGAACGACACAAGUACCUAGGGUGUGAUGCUAUCGCUGUGCGCGACUUGGGUUUCACCUUCGGCGGCCGCGGAAGCGGCAGCGCAAACAAGACUGAGGUGCAGCCGUCUGCCAGCCCGAUCGUGCAGCAGUCAAGCCAGGCAGCGCAACAGGCACCUACGAAGAGACCGCCGUCGCCCGACCACCGCCGUCGUGAUGAGUCACGGUCCAGCGCUGACUACCCGCCAUCGAAGCGGCAGCGGCCAGCGUCGCCGACAAGAGGUCAUGACCGAGAAAGACUGGGUGACGGCCGUGGGCGGGGCCGUUAUGGCUCGCCGUCGCCCUGGGACCGUGAGCGUGAGCGUGACGGACCGCACGGCCGUAGGUACGACAGAGAGCGUGACGAAGAUAAGAAUGUGACCUUGCCCCCGGUGCUGUCGUGGUUCGUGGGCAUGCUGCCCUCGCCAUCGUCGUUUGAUGGUCCUGUGUUCCGGACUGAUGACUUGAUGCAAGUGUUCCGUGGGGCCGUCAUCCCGAGUUCGACUGGUGCGGUUCGUCCGAGGUCGCCGCCGCCUCCCCUGCGGGGCGGGGGCCGCCCUCCGCCCGACUAUAGUCCAUACACGGGCCCUGGCGGUGGGCGACGAGGUCGAUAUUAGCAACGUUCUCCGAUUACUGAUCGUGCCCUGUGCUUCAUGUGUUUUCUCUCAAGCCAAAUCCGCAAGACUGUCUGCGUCAAGUGCAAUCGUCGUAUCUACUGGCCCGGAUUCACACAUCUCCUUGCAUCGUAGCUACGUAUAAAUUUCAUGACUGGGUGCUCAAGGACUAAGCAAAGGUUUCGAUUCAAUUUCUUGGCCAUCAAUGUACACAGAAUUCG